ACAAAUCUCUCCUCCGCACAUGUGGGGGGAAGAGCAGAAAAGAACAUGAGCUGGAGGCGCCUGCCCAUUGACAGCAGGUAUGACAUGACUGCUGCCCACCCGUUCUUACCGUGUGUGGCUUGUGUGCUAUUAGACAGCAGGAAAGCUGCGUACAGGCAGCCGGGCCUCUGGAGGAACAUUUAAUGCGUGCCGGUCUUGAACAUACCUGUAUGGAAACGUAAACAUCUGCACAGGAAGAUGAAGAGAUACUGCAUUACCAGGGAUAAAGGAAUGGGAGACGAUCGCCCCUUUGUGUGCAGCGCCCCCGGCUGCGGGCAGCGUUUUACAAAUGAAGACCAUUUGGCCGUACACAAACACAAGCAUGAGAUGACUCUGAAGUUUGGGCCCGCAAGGACGGACUCUGUGAUCAUCCAAGAUCAGACUCCCACUCCCACACGGUUUUUGAAGAAUUGUGAGGAAGUCGGUCUAUUUAAUGAGUUGGCCAGCUCUUUUGAACAUGAAUUCAAGAAAGGCACGGAAGAGGAAGAUGACAAAAAGAGUGCGGGACCACUGGAUAUGUCUUUACCUUCAACUCCUGAUAUUAAAAUCAAAGAGGAAGAACCAGUAGAAGUGGAUUCCUCCCCUCCAGACAGUCCUAGAUCAUUAGCAGAGGAGAAGGUUCCACCGAAGCCGCAGGUCAGCUCAACACCCACUCCAACAAUAGUCCGGCCUGGUUCACUGCCCCUCCAUAUGGGAUACGAUCCUUUGCACCCUACACUGCCUUCUCCUACAUCUGUCAUCACUCAGGCCCCUCCGUCCAACAGACAGCUAGGUUCCCCAGGCGGCUCUAUGUCCCUUAUGAUGCACCUGGGUAGUGGCCAGAAUGUUCCUUUCCUUCCAGGUCCACACGUACAGAUGCCAUCAGUUAUAUCGUUGGCAAGACCUAUGAACAUGGUGCCUAAUAUACCAGGGAUUCCUGGACCCCCAGUUAUCGGCGGUGGGGGGCAUAUUUCUCCUUCCGGUCUUUCAGCUCAUACAGAAGCCAAAUUGGUGAGUUGUUGGACAGCACAUAGUAGACUUAAAGCCUCCCUUACUCACCAAGUUCCAUCGUCGCUGAAUGGAGGGAUGGCUAUGGUAGCAUCACGACCAGAACAGAGCCAAAUAUUGGUUCAACACCCAGAUGCACCUUCGCCUGCACAGCCUCAGGUAUCUCCUGCUCAGCCCACCCCAAGCACCGGGGGUAGGCGACGGCGAGCAACAGACGAGGAUCCAGACGAACGUCGCCAGCGCUUCCUCGAGAGAAACAGAGCUGCUGCUUCACGUUGUCGCCAGAAGCGUAAGGUUUGGGUGUGCUCUCUGGAGAAAAAGGCAGAGGAACUGACCAGUCAGAACGUGCAGCUUAGUAAUGAGGUUACUCUUCUGAGAAAUGAAGUAGCCCAAUUAAAGCAGUUGUUGCUGGCACACAAAGACUGUCCUGUAACUGCCCUGCAAAAGAAAAAUCAGGUCUAUCUAGAAAACCUCAAAGACAAUUGCGAUACCAGAGGCUCUCCAGGCCCAGUCUCCCAGCACAGUUCAUUGUCCUCUGCCUCCCCUAAUGGGCUCCGCUCACCAGCUGAACACAUGGCCACUUCAAUGCUCACACAGAUGGCUAGCCAAAGGACAGACGGCCACAGUCAGCUUCUACAGUCACACGUCAUCAUGUCACCACAGUCGCAAGCAGCCAGCAGAUGAUGUAUCUACCCCAUUAAAACUUAGAACUAACCAACGGGAUGCCUCAGCCCCAAAGACUGAGCAGAAUAACUAAGCCCAGCACAUGACGGGCGGAUACGGAUAAUAAAAAAAUAUAUAUACGUAUAUAUAUUUGUUUUUAAAGUUCGGUAAAGGGUGUUUAGGGACUAUGUAUUUUUCUUUUUUUUUUUUUUGUACACAGACAUCAAGUGACUAAAGCACUAAUCUUCAGAUCCCAUCAGGUCAAAUCAAGAACCUCGACACACAGAUCGUGUAAGGGCUUCAAGCACUAACAGACAUGUCCAUGUUCCCGCACCCUACCGCUCGCUGUGUGGUGUAUAUAGAAUACAGCUGAGGUUUACCAUUUCAGUGCCAGCAGGGUGGGUUUUGUUCCCCUGGUGCUACUUGUCUGAGCAUUUUCCCUGUCCUGCUCUGUUUGUGUAACAAAUUCGUACCGAGAAACCCUUUCCGUAUUUUACUACUAUGAUUUUUACUCAUUUGGAAAAGGCAGUGCCAUCCAUACUUAACCUGUCCAUGGCAUUUCAGUGUUGCUAGAAAUUACAUUACAGACGAGGCCUUAUUGCGCAGUUGCCUUCCAGCGUUGGAUACUCCUGCAUGGAAUGAAGAAGACAGAGAGGCAUGCUCUGAACCUGGAGCCCAGCCUGGUGCUGGAUGGACACACGAAACAGAGGGAAAACUAUGGGCGGUCUGAGCAGCUAGGUCCAACAACAAGGGAGAGACCCGGGAGCCGUCAGUGCAUAGCUAAGUAGUGGGCAUGCUUUACAGCCACGUGAUCAAAGUGAUCUCCAUUUGAAAUGCUUCGUGGAAAAAAAAUCUGCAAGUCUUCCCCCUCCUCUUGAAAUGCUGCUGAUGUUUUCUUCCUCGACCUUGGAGAUUGGUGUCUGCAGCAUACUUCAACACUAAUUCUAACCAGCGUUGCGGCCUCUUCGUAACUUUUCAGUCUUCCAGUCAUCCAUAUCUGAAAUGUGGGUGACUUGUGACCUCUCUGGGAUUUGGCGUGCAGCAAGGAGGCACCUGAUCGAUAGAUGUGUAUGAAUUAGACGCGUGAUCCCCGAGGAGAAUCAAAGUCAGAUACUAUAGGAGUGACUCUUUCUCCAUGUACCGUAGGUACGGCACUAGCUUAUGCUCGUUGUCCCAUGAAAUGGCAGCAAGAGGCUUCUCAGUGUCGAUUGGAAGGCUGGCUUCACGUGCCUCUUAUUGAAAAAGUGGAGUUUUUUUGCACCAACUGUAUAGUACUUUGAUUGCUUUUACUUCUAGCUCUUUCAGGUAUUCUAUGCAGUCACUUGGACCUUUCAGAGAAAUGUCUUGCUAAACUUUGGAAAGCUACAGUUUUACUUACAGGUUCACAAGGUAACAUGAACAGAUUCCUCCCCUGAGCAUCUUCUUUCGUGGAGAAGUUUACAAUGUAAUAUGCAGAGCUUUAUGAUGAUUAAUGUGCACUUGCCUGCAGUCUCCAGGCUUUGUGAAGCCAGUGAUGGCAGAUUCCUGUAGCUGUCGGAUUCUCCUGGCUAAUGUCGCUGUAGACAUUGCCUAGACAGGCGCACGGUCGACCCUCCUUACUGGGAUACACUACAUGGUCUUUAUUAGGCGUUUGUACUGUGACAUCUCAUUGCCCAAUCACAGCAGACGCCCUUUUACAGAAAAUUGCGUGGUGUUAGUUGUUAAUUAUAUACAGAGUCCAUAUAUUGGGAAAUAUUAGCCAUUUGGGUAGCAGAAAACAAGGUAAGUGAGGUCUUGUAGACAAGACCAGCUACACCGUGAAUCCAUCACGCUCCUAGAAGUGGAACGUGUCGCUCCUAACGAAGAGACAACUUUUAAAUUGAGCCCACAACUAUUUUAAUGUGCAGGACUAAAUAUUUUUAUACCUGGCAUUAAAGGGCGUCUGUCAGCAGUUUUGUACCAAUUAAACUGGUUGACUUGUUGCAUGUGCGCUUGGUAGCUGAAGACAUCUGUGUUGGUCACAUGUUUGUAUGUGCCUGCAUU